AUGAGCCAGCGCAGCGCCCGUCGGGCGGUUCUCCCACCCGCCGCGCCGCCGGUGCUGCUCCUGGCCGCCGCCGUCCUCGCGCUGUUGUCUCUCGCGGCCGCCACGGCGGCAGCGGCAGCGGAGGCGGAUGCGGCGCCGGACUACGGUGCCGCGCUGUCGAAGAGCCUGCUCUACUUCGAGGCGCAGCGGUCGGGGCGUCUGCCGUACGGGCAGCGCGUGCGGUGGCGCGGCCACUCGGGGCUCACCGACGGGCUGCAGCAGGGCGUGGACCUGGUGGGCGGGUACUACGACGCCGGCGACCACGUCAAGUUCGGCCUGCCCAUGGCCUUCACCGUCACCAUGCUCGCCUGGGGCGUCGUCGAGUUCGGGGACGACGUCCAGGCCGCCGGGGAGUGGGGGCACGCGCUGGAGGCCAUCAAGUGGGGCACCGACUACUUCGUCAAGGCGCACACAGAGCCAUUCGUCUACUGGGCAGAGGUUGGGGACGGCGACACGGACCACUACUGCUGGCAGCGGCCGGAGGACAUGACAACGUCGCGGCAGGCGUACCGCGUGGACAAGGACAACCCGGGAUCCGACCUCGUCGCCGAGACGGCCGCGGCGCUCGCCGCCGCAUCCCUCGUCUUCCGCCGCUCCACCGAGCACCACGACUACGCGGACCUCCUGCUCCGGCACGCGCGGCAGCUGUUCGAGUUCGCGGACAGGUACCGGGGCAACUACGACAGCAGCAUCAAGCAGGCGCACAGCUUCUACACCUCCGUCAGCGGCUACCGGGACGAGCUGCUCUGGGCGGCCUUCUGGCUGCACCGGGCCACGGGCGAGGACGCGUACCUCCGCUACGCCGUCGACCACGCCCGCUCCCUCGCCGGCGGCGCCGGGUGGCCCAUGACCGAGUUCAGCUGGGAGAACAAGUACGCCGGACUACAGGUCCUCGCCGCCAAGGUACGCCACCAACGCACCUAG